UGUGUUUGAAAACUUUUCAUUUAACACCCUUUCUGUUUCUCCCUCAUCAUCAUAUUAUCACUGAUUGCGAGGAUUUUCAACAGUUGAAAUUCAUUCAUGGCACAAGCUAUAGAGGAUUGGUACAAACAGAUGCCUAUUAUCACUCGCUCGUACCUCACCGCAGCCAUCGUAACCACCAUUGGUUGCACCCUCGAGAUUAUUUCCCCACAUAUCUUGUACUUGAAUCCUAAACUUGUCGUUGAGCAAUUACAAAUCUGGCGCCUGAUCACCAAUUUCCUUUAUUUCCGAAAUUUGGAUCUGGACUUUCUGUUCCACAUGUUCUUUCUGUCUCGAUACUGCAAGCUUCUAGAAGAAAAUUCGUUCAGGGGAAGGACUGCAGAUUUCUUUUACAUGCUCUUAUUUGGUGCAACUGUUUUAACCACUACUGUACUUAUCGGAGGGAUGAUACCUUACUUGUCGGAAUCUUUUGCUACGAUUUUUUUUCUUAGCAAUUCGCUAACUUUCAUGAUGGUUUAUGUAUGGUGCAAGCAAAAUCCAUUAAUUCAUAUGAGCUUCUUGGGCAUCGUUACUUUUACAGCAGGUUACUUACCAUGGGUUUUAUUGGGAUUCUCUGUUCUUGUUGGUGCUAGUGUUUGGGUGGAUCUACUUGGAAUAAUAGCUGGUCAUGCCUACUAUUUCCUAGAAGACGUUUAUCCGAAAAUCACUGGUCGUCGACCCCUAAAAACCCCAUCAUUUAUCAAAGCCCUGUUUGCUGACGAACCUGUUGUAGUAGCCCGCCCAGCAGAAGUAAGAUUUGCAGCCCCUGCAGUUGAUGAGAUCGGACAACGAUGAUUUAUGAUGAAAGUUUUUUUUUUUUUUUUUUUUUUAUAGAUGGAAUGGUAGUUUUAUACUCGAAACACAUAUAAUCCGAUGAUGCUUUGUAAAAAAAAUAUGUUUUGAGAAUUUAGUAUAAUGAAUAUUUGGGUAUUAUUGUUCUUUA